UUGAUGCAGUUUGAUAGAAAAUGUCUGUUCACUUUCAAAUAGUCAAGAAAAACUGAUGGACUAUAUAUAUAUAUAUAAAAAAUUCAUUAAAAAGAAAAAGAGACGUUGAUAACUUGGAGGAAGUGGUACAAGUUGUGUACCGGAUAUUAAAUCUUAAAAGUUACACGCAUGUUAUCGCUUAUGUUAGCGAUGGAGUUUCGAACAUUGGCAACUUGUGACGACGUCUUGCUUGAAAACGAAGAUUAAUCAUUUGAAGAAACUUACUCGUCAAAUAAAAACACUUGUAGUGGUUUAAUCGAAAACAACAUAGCUUGUUAAGUUAUUCAGACUUUAUACGUUUAGAAGAGCGUAACUGCAACUAUUCAGAUAUGUUUUUUCUAAAGUAUCACUUGCGAACCGCGUUGUUCACGGCCUUCUUUUUGCUCCUUCUCGUGGGAACACCAACGUUAGGUUACAUGUUUCUAAAGCCGAUACAGAUUGGAUCUAGUCGCUGUAUCGACGACAGUCUCAUCCCUCACCUGGUUGGUGACAGUUGGUACGACGAUAAAAACUGUGAAAGGCUUACUUGUGUUUAUCUGGAAGAAAUUUUGUACAUUUCUGGUUAUGGGUGUGGAAAACUUGGAUAUUCUCCUGAAUGUCAUGUAAUCAAAGGAAAAGGUCAUUACCCCAAGUGUUGUUCACAUGUGGAGUGCUGACUAUCAAGCUACUGCCACCUGGUGACUAAAAUUCAAAACAGAAUUUAGCAGUUAUUUCUGAAAAUAAAGAUACGAAAGUUCGAUGUAAAGAAUGAUUACGUCACCUAUAUAAUUUAUCCGAAUAACAACUAAUUGAGAAGUAGCGUAAAUAGUCCAGUGGUCAUAUGAAAAUAUCACUAAUAAAAUAUAACGGAUCAGUUGAUGAACUUCCUUCAUAAUAAUUUUUAGAAUGUUGUCGAAAUAAAAAUUUAAUCAUCCCCAAGUGAAUUUUAACCACCUCCAGUUAGUUUUGACUAUAUUAAUAUUUUUUUUAGCAACUAUAGAAUAACAACUAUUACCUUGACUAAAACUUAUAGCGGAUAUUCCUGAUGACUACUGGACUGAAAAUAAUUACAGGUUUGUUUCUCUUUAUUUUUUGGUACAAUGCUGUGUUUUCCGCAGGGAUCAAACCCCGAAUAUUUAUCCAGUGCAAAAACUUGACAGUUACUUUAGUUGCUUGUCUGUUCUUUUUUGCUUGUCAUAAUACAUUAUUUAUCUUA